GCCGCCCGGCGCUCGGAGCCCGUGGCCCUCCCGGUGCCCAGCCUGAGAGAGGAGCCGAGGCCGCCCGCACUCGCUUCUCGCCGGCCCCUCCCCCGAUCGCCGCGGCCGCCGCGCCGCCGCUGCAGGCUAGCUAACAGCCAGAAGAAACAUAGUGGAAAAUGCAAAACAACGAAAUUAUAAAACCUGCCAAGUACUUCUCAGAAUUGGAAAAGAGCAUCCUGCUUGCUUUAGUAGAAAAGUACAAGUAUGUGCUGGAGUGUAAGAAGAGCGACGCGCGAACUAUUGCCCUCAAGCAGCGCACCUGGCAGGCGCUGGCCCACGAAUACAACUCUCAGCCCAGCGUGUCCCUGCGGGAUUUCAAACAGCUGAAGAAGUGCUGGGAGAACAUCAAGGCUCGGACCAAAAAGAUUAUGGCCCAUGAGAGGAGAGAGAAAGUGAAACGGAGUGUCAGCCCGCUGCUGAGCACGCACGUCCUGGGGAAGGAGAAGAUCGCCAGCAUGCUGCCCGAGCAGCUCUACUUCCUGCAGAGCCCGCCCGAGGAGGAGCCCGAGUACCGCGCGGAUGCCGCCGCCCAAGAAUCAUUUGCUGUUUCAAAUAGAGAACUGUGCGAUGAUGAGAAAGAGUUCAUACAUUUUCCAGUAUGUGAGGGGACCUCUCAACCUGAACCCUCGUGUUCAGCUGUCAGAAUAACAGCCACUAAAAACUACAGGAGCAAAACCUCUCAGGAAGGUGCUUUAAAAAAGAUGCAUGAGGAAGAACACCAUCAACAAAUGUCCAUCUUACAGCUGCAGCUGAUACAAAUGAAUGAGGUGCAUGUGGCCAAAAUCCAGCAGAUAGAGCGAGAGUGUGAGAUGGCAGAGGAGGAACACAGGAUAAAAAUGGAAGUUCUCAAUAAAAAGAAGAUGUAUUGGGAAAGAAAACUACAAACUUUUACCAAGGAAUGGCCUGUUUCCUCAUUUAACCGGCCCUUUCCCAAUUCACCCUAAGACUGUGGGGGUGGCUCCCUUGUAAUUAACCUGUGUUGGCAAAGAAAGUCUGGAACGCGAACGUGCGAUCAGUAACCUGUAACAGCUACAACUAGGAAAAUUAGAGCGGUAGUAGUCACUUACUUAAGAAUAUAUUCAGGUAAACAGCUGCACCCUACGUACCCCUGAAGUGGCAAAGAAGCUGUUAGAGUCUCCUGAAAAUUAUCGCUAUGAGUGCUAUCAUUCUGAAUGUAACGUCUCUUAAUUAGAAUUCAUACAAGAACCAUGUGUGAGUGUUGUUGUUGUAUUUUUUAAAUCAAAUGCAAGUGUGACCAUAAAGGAGCGUGGCUGGUUUUUGCGGGUGGUUUUUUUUGGUUUGUUUGUUUGUUUUAAUAGACAGAAGACCUUUUCUAUCCAAACGAACACCCUCCCAUUGACAGUGGCUGUCCUAGGAGGACACAUGUUCCUCCAGCGAUGAUGCUGUUGCUCAGGACUUGCCAGAGGUCUUUCCGGAAUCUCCACAAGAGCUGUGGCACACUUUUCAUUUUUUCAGUGUCAUCUUUUGAGUGUGGAUUUACUGUUUUCAAACAGCCCAACCUAUGGAAGGAUUUUUAUUUCCUAAUGUGGCUCAUAAACUGCCUUUUAAGGCUUUCCUUUCCCCAGAGAGGAGUUCCAAAUAAUGUCUCCAACAGGGAUAGCUUUGUUGGAAUUAAGGGUGUAACUGCUUUGAGGGAGAAAUGUUCAUUUAGAUUUCUACAUUCUGUCCUGCUUGUUUUAUUAAAAGAUAAGACUUGCAAUUUUAUAGUCACACACUGUAUGUUUUUCAGAGGUGCUGUCUCCCCCACUGUGCUGUAGUUUUCGCCUCCCCACUGUAGAGUCCUCCCAGCUUUGUACCACUGGGUUAAUGGGUGCCCUUGAUUUUCAUCUUCAGCCACCUCAGGAAAGGCCCUUCCCUCGCCGUGCUCCUGGUGCUAGCUAAUAGGAAUGCUGCGUAGUUGCAUUACACAGUUAGCAUUGGCUUUUGCAGAAUCCAUUACCGGUAUAUUUGGGACUGUGAUUGAGAAAUGGAUAUUUUGCCUGAGUGUGAUAUAGCUUCUCCUGUAGCCUAAUGUUGAAAACAGCCUUGAAAGUUAGGCACAGCAGUAGCUGGAGGAAGCAAAGUGACACUUCAGUGCCAAGGCAGGUCAGCAGUUUCUGAGAAUGAAAUUUCAAGGCCACGUGGGGGGCGAGGGGGAGUAUGUGUGGCAGAGGCUGCAUGGGGCGUAUAGGACUGGCAGUGAGGGCCUGAAUUCUGAGCUUGGCUCUGCCUCAAGUGCUGUGUGACCUUGAAGAACUCCAUUUAGUUCUUGGCCCUGGUGUUUCCUGUCUGUAAAACAAGGGAGCUGGUCUAGAUAACGUUCAGCAUCUGCUGUGACUCCUUGACCGUGAUGUGGUCUGCACGGUCUUGAAUGGGCACCACUAACGUCAUCACUGUUCAGAGGGCAAGGGCCAACAGGGAGAAGUUGUUUACUGCGUUGGCUGAGUGUCCCUCCUUUCAUAAUUUUGGAAUUUGGGCCCAGGAUACUGUAAGCUUAGUAAAUUACGUACAUACUCAUACAUGUACUGCAUAAAACGUAAAUGGCUAUCAAUUUAUUUUAUUCAUUGAUCAUAUUUGAAAUAUCUUAGAGGAGCUGGUUAUUUAAAGGAACACUGGGAAGACUAGUCUCCUUUCAAAGGAAGGAUCCUUUUUGUAAGGAUCUGUAUUCUUAGUUUUUACCAAAUGGACCCUUUAGAGAAGCAGCAUCUGGAAAAAGUCCCAAGCUUAACUGAUUCAUGGGAGACAUUAGGGCAGGGACUGGCAGGGCCUCAACACAGGUGUGAACUGGGAAGAGCUUGCCUUUGCUUUGCCUGUUGCUCCAUCUGGGAAUCUCCUUAAUCUUCAGAGUCUGGAGUGGGGCCUGAGACUCUGCAUUUUACACAAGCUCCCGGGUUCUGCCAAUUCAGCUUGUCUGGUCAACACGGGACCCUGCGAAGUUUUCGCUUUAUUCUCCAAAAGGGCCAUUGGGUUAGGUAUAUUUUUGUGCACAGCAUUGUGCUGGGUAUUAUUCCUCUCUCAGAAUUUACCACCUAAGCACACAAAUAACAAUGUAGAACAACACAAAAAAUGCUCACAUACAUAACGGAACUAUAAAAAGCAUCGAACUAAUUCCUAACUGAACAAAUAAAAGCUAAUUAAACCAGCAGGCUCAAGUACCUUGUUCUACUGUUAAUGGUAUUUAUGAGUUUAUACCGGUUUUCAACCUUGGCUAUGCAUUAGAAACUGUAUCUUAUAAAUAGUUAGUCUCACUGGGUCCCACUCCCAGGGGAUUCUGAUUCAGUUUACCUGGGUUGGGGCCUAGUUCUCUAUAUUUUUCGGAAGCUUUAAAGGGGGAUUAUAAUACACAAUUAGGACUGAGAAUCAUUGAUAUAGAGUUCACAAAUGUGUCUCACUUGGUCCUUACUCCUGUGAGGUCCUGCAGAAGUGAGGAAAUGAUGCUCAGAGAACUACCUGCACCAGGCUGAAAGCUAGUGAACGGCAAAGCAGAACCUCAGUCCUAGGUCUCUCGACUCGAAAACAAAUAGCCCUACCUGCUAGCCCCCCACGCCAUCCCUCAAAGCUAUAUCAAGGAUUUGCUGUAUCCUGAGAGCCAGAUCACAUAUACAGGAUACUUGUAAUGCCUCCACUCGUGAACAGGUAUAUCCCAAUUCAUUCUAGUUUUGAGCAGUUCCUUGCCUGAGGUGGAAAUGCAGUAACUGUUUGUUAUAGGUACUGUAGAGGAUUGAUAGAUCAAUAUUAAGACACAGUUCACCAUCCCCCACCCUGCCAAAUCAUGGACCCAGCCCAGUAUGGGAGGUAAGACAUGUAUGCAGCUGUCAUGUGCUUGAUCAGUGCACAUCUUCUAGUGCAUUUGUAUCUCAGAGCAGGGAACAAAGAAGCUUGAAGGAAGGCCUCCUGGAGGAGGUGGCAUUUGAGCUAAGUCUUUAGAGUUGGUAUUUUUGGCUUGGAGAUUCAGAAAGGAGAGGAACUUCACUAGACACAAAGUCCUGUUGAAGAUUCAGGAUGAGACACACAAUUGGGAGAACAUGGGGAAUUUCCAAAUUGGGCAGUAACCUGAUCAAAAUUGUGCUCCAGGAGGAAGAUUAGAAGAUGGAACUGAGUUUAGAGAAGAAUGUGAGUCCAAGAGACAAAGCAGGAGCAUUUGGCCCCCGUUAGGAUGAGAUAAUAGGAGGACCUGGAGGAGGCUGUAGUAAAAAUGAGGGAGACCCACGUGAAGGGCAUUGCAGAGUGGAAUCAGGUUUGGCAGCAGAUUGCGUUUGUUGGAGGCAGGGGUAAAGUUUUAAAGCUAGAUGCCUGAAAGAAUGAUGCUGCCAACUGAAAUAAACAAAGAAUGCAUUUCUGGUGACAUCCUGGGAGAGCCCUAGACACAGACUACUGCAGUUGUCUCCCACCCAGCCUCAAACACCAGCACACCUCCUCCCUCUGCCUCUUUAGCUAUCACCCCUUUUCCUGACUUCUGUCUCUUUAGCUGCCAUGCUGCCUCUUCCACCUGUUCAGUGGACACUUUAACCCCUCCCUGCUGAGUCCUCCACCCCACUCAUUUGGUGCUGCCUCUGCCAUCAGUAUCUCCAUCGCAGCUGGUGAUGCGUCAGUCACCAUCUCUUAUGAUAGCUUCACACUUGAAAGAUCAAAAAAGAUUACAGUUGACCUUUAACAACCAGGGGCUAGGGGUCCCAACCCUCCCCCAGCAGUGGAAAAUCUGUGUAUAAUUUUACAGUCAGCCCUCCGUAUCCACAUCUGGGGAUUCGGCCAACCACAGAUGGUAUACUGUAUGGUACCCUUUUAUUGAAAAACAUCCAAGUGUAAGUGGAUCUGUGCAUUCAAACCCGUCUUGUUCAGGGGUCAACUGGGUAUCUUUACCUUGAGCUCCAAUUAUUUUCUAGUUGGCAUCCACAAAUUUCAGGGUUUCUUUUUGUGUGUGUGUGUGUGUGUGUGUGUGUGUGUCCCACGGGUAAAGAUGCCUUGGCUAAGAGGUGCUGUUAAUUCCCAUGUUUGACUAUUACAGCCCCUUUACAAAUCUGGAACACAGAAUCCUACCCUAUUAAGCAUGAAACGACUAGGAAAUAUCUUAGAAAUUUUUCAAAGAGAAUCGUAAAAUGCAUUGGCCUUUUUUUUUUUUUUUUUUU